AUGGGUGGGAGAGAAGCAGCAGGCUGGAGGACUCAAUGCAGGACUUCAAAGCUCAUACGUAUUGCUAGGGAGAAGGCGACCUCUAUCAGCAACUUUCAAGAACUAUGCAAAGCGGACAACAUAUCAGGAGGAGUUCGUCAUCCUUUUUGGGAGGACUUCCCUCAUUGCGAUAUCCACAUGGGUAUCACCUCAGAUAUUCUUCAUCAGCUGUACCAGGGUGUUGUCAAGCACCUGGAACACUGGUGCACCAGUCUAAUGACGACCGCAGAGUUGGACCAUCGCAUAAGAUCACUUCCACCUUGUUUCGAGGUACGACACUUCAAGAAUGGCUGGUCUCAGCUAUCACAGGUCUCAGGAAAGGAGAGGAAAGAUAUGGCACGCAUCCUUCUUGGAUGUAUCAUGGGCAAGGCUCCAUCCCAGGUGAUAGUCUGCUAUAGAGCUCUACUCGACUUUAUCUAUGUGGCCCAGUAUCCCACACAUGACGACUCUACCCUCCAGUAUCUCACCAACGCCCUGGACAAAUUUCAUGCAAACAAGGACAUCCUGGUGGAUCUUGGAAUACGCAAUCACUUCAACAUACCAAAGUUUCACUCAAUGCUGCACUAUGAGGAGUGCAUACAUAAUUUCGGAACUACCAAUAAUUAUAAUACUGAAAUGUUUGAACAUUUUCAUAUAGACUACGCCAAGGAAGCAUGGAGAGCAUCCAACUUCCACAAUGAGCUCACUCAGAUGACUCAGUGGCUGAGUCGCCAGGAGAAAAUAGUCAUGUUCCAGAGCUACAUCUCUCACUAUCAAUCGGAGGAGGAGAGGGAAGAGGAGAGGCCCAUCAAGGCUGUUGCCACAUAUGGCAGCACAUAG